CACCGCCUUCUUGUUCUUGCCUUCUAAUGGGUGCUCUGGCAUGGGAUUAAAUUGUUGACACUACCCCACCCAAGCCAUUCCAAGAAAUCAAAAGUCUCUAACUGAAGACACUCCACACAGUCUUGAAGCAACAAGAGCACCAACAGACAGCCACAAUGAAGGUUCUAGUCUCUUCCUGCCUUCUGUUGCUGCCACUGACGUUCCUGUCCAUGGUCUCCAGCAGUUCAAAUCCAGGAGUCGCCAGAAGCCAUGGAGGCCAACGCCAGGCUUCUAGAAGAUGGCUCCAGGAAGGCGGCCAAGAAUGUGAAUGCAGAGAUUGGUUCCUGAGAACCCCAAAGAGAGAAUCCACACCAGUGCUGGAGCCACAAAGGAAGCAGUGUCCCUGUGAUCAUGUCAAGGGCGGUGAGAAAAAAAACAGACACCAAAAGCACCACAGGAAGCCAAACAAGCCCUCCAGAACCUGCCAACAAUUUCUCAAACGAUGUCAACUAGCAAGUUUUGCUCUGCCCUUAUAGUUCUGAGAUUCUACUCUUUCAAGUGAACACUCUCAGUGAAAAAGAGGUGAUCAACCCUCGGGCAUGUUCUUGUUCUCCCUACCCCCAUUCUCACCAAAAGCAUCCCAGUGCUCUCAGAAGGCACUGCCCAGCAUAUUGGCUACUGUGCUCUCUAUUGCCAUCUUCUCUCAUCACUAUUGAUUUCAAUAUGGGUUAAAUAAUUUAAAAUGACAGAGUCUCCCUUCCUCUUUUUAUUCAGCUCCCAGGUCUGUUCCCAGAAUCUUGAUGUUGGUACUUUUAUUUCUUAGGUGAAAUAAGAUUCAUGUUCCUAUUGUGUGUGUGUGUGUGUGUGUGUGUGUGUGUGUGUGUGUGUGUGUGUGUGUUUAAGCAACAGACUACAAAGACCUUCUGAGAAACCAGGUCAGUUUGAUAGACUUUCUGAAACUGGCCAAUCACAAUGAUUUCAAAAACUUCGACAAUGUGUUUGUGCUAAAUGCUAACAGCAAAAAGUUCUGCUUUUGUUUAAGCUUUGCUUGCUUGCAGAGGUCAUGGAAGACCCAUAUAAGAUUCUCUCUGCUGCAGCUUACAUUCUCCUACUCCCAAGGAGGGGACUGUAAGUUAUGCCCAGCCAUGAAUAAAUUUUACCUUGCA